UGAUAACAAUGAGAAAUUGGUUAACUAUUGUUAUUUGUUAUAUACUUAUCUAUGAUUAUUAGCAAAACAUAUUAUUAGUCAUCCGGGCCAUUAAAAAACCAACCUCAACAUAAGAAUUAAUAAGUACCAAUUUUAGUUUUGGAAGUGAAUUUACAUUUGCCAACAAAAUGAACCGUUUGUUUGGAAAACCGAAAGACAAAGCUCUGCCGCCAGACAUGACGGAAGUCAUCAAAGGUGUGGACGGGCGAGCAGAAUCGAUAGAGCAAAAAAUCAACAGGCUCGAUGUGGAACUGAAAAAACUGAAAGAUCAAAUGUCUAAAAUGAGAGAAGGUCCUGCAAAAAAUUCGCUUAAACAAAAAGCUUUAAGAGUUUUAAAACAAAGAAAACAGUAUGAAAGUCAGGCUGAAAAUUUAAGAAACCAGUCUUUCAAUAUGGAACAAGCAACUUAUGCCGUUCAGACGUUGAAAGAUACUCAGUCUACAGUAGUAGCAAUGAAAACGGGCAUGAAACAAAUGAAAAAAGAAUUUAAAAAUAUUAAUAUUGAUGAUAUUGAAGACCUACAAGACGAAAUGACUGAUAUGUUAGAUCAAUCUAACGAAGUUCAGGAAGCAUUAGGUAGAACUUAUGGUGUACCAGACAUAGAUGAAGAUGAAUUAAAUGCUGAACUUGAAGCACUUGGGGACGAAUUAACCUUGGAUGAUGAUACAUCGUAUUUGGAUCAUGUUAAUAUCCCGGAUAAGGAACCCGAACAUAAGGAGCCAAAAAAGCCCGGAGAAAUUGAUGUUGAUGAAUUUGGUCUUCCUAAAAUACCAGCCCAAAUUUAAUGUCACUAAUAAAAUAAUGAUUCAAUGUAAUGUCGUGGAAUCAAAUAAUAAAAUAAAAAAUUAUUGUAUAUUUAUUAUGUAUCUUUAAAUUUGUAAACAUUUUAUAGCUUGUAAACGGCCUAAUACCAUAGUUUUUAAACCAAGUAUACUAUCACUUAAAAUAAUAUAACUUGUACUUGUAUAUAUUAAAAUAAAAUCUUAAUUGUAUUUAACAUAAUAUAUGAAUAUUUUAAAGCUUUCAAAUUGUCUAGAAAAAACUGUUAAGCAAAUUUAUGGUUAAAUGUAUAGUAAAGAUAUAAAAUCUACUUGAACCCUAAACCAUAAAAAUUAUACACUUCUUGCGUACACGUGUACGCACGUGUAGCGCUAACAACAAUAGUCUGUUGUUAGCGCUGAAGAUGACAACAUCGUUGUCGUAACACGUGUACGCAAGAAGUGUAUAAUUUUUAUGGUUUAGGGUUCAAGUAGAUUUUAUAUCUUUACUUUCAAAUUAUGUUUUUUAGAAUGUGACGAAACAAUGUUAUUUCAUUCAUAUUUAUACUGUAUAUUUGUUAUGGUUAGUUACAUUUUUAUACAUAACAAAUGAAGGGCUGAAAAAAAUUAUCAUAGUCAAUGUGCCCAAAGUUUUCAGUAUUGCAGUUUUAAGUUUUAUAACUCAAAAAAGACUUGGAGAUUUAGUAUAAGAUAACGCACAUAAAAUAAUAUUGUUCUUUUAUUAUCUUUAUUGAUAAGUUUAAAUACAAAAUAAUCAAAUUUA